CCGUCCCAUCAUGCCAAAGAGAAAGGUGACCUUCCAGGGCGUGGGAGAUGAGGAUGAUGAGGAUGAAGUCAGUGUUCCAAAGAAGAAGCUGGUGGAUCAUAUAGCUGGGGCAGGAGGUCCUGGGAGCCGCUUCAAGGGUAAACACUCUUUGGACAGCGAUGAAGAGGAUGAUGAUGAAGAAGGGUCCAGCAAAUAUGACAUCCUGGCUUCAGAGGAUGUGGAGGGUCAGGAAGCAGCCACUCUCCCCAGUGAGGGUGGAGUGCGGAUCACACCCUUCAACCUGCAGGAAGAGAUGGAGGAAGGCCACUUUGAUGCUGAUGGCAAUUACUUCUUGAACCGGGAUGCUCAAAUCCGAGAUAGCUGGCUGGACAACAUUGAUUGGGUAAAGAUUAGGGAGCGACCACCUGAUCAGCACCAGACCUCAGACUCAGAGGAGGAUGACAGCGUGGGCCAGACACCAAUGAGUGCCCAAGCCCUCCUGGAGGGCCUUCUGGAGCUGCUGUUGCCAAGGGAGACAGUUGCUGGAGCGUUGAGGCGUCUGGGGGCCCGAGGGGGAGCCAAAGGGGACAGAAAAGGGCUCGGGCGGCCCAGCUCCCCCCAGCGCCUAGACCGACUUUCAGGGUUGGCUGACCAGAUGGUUGCUCGGGGCAACCUUGGUGUAUACCAGGAGACUCGGGAACGGUUGGCCAUGCGGCUAAAGGGGCUAGGGGGCCGGACACAAGGCUCACAUGACUCUGCACCCCCACCCUCUUUGGACAUGUUUGCUGACGAAGUGGCCGUGGAGGAGCUGGAGAAUUUGACCCCAGCCCCAAAAGGAGAAGCCGAGUCACCUGAUGAUGGCCUAGUGGAUGUGAUGUGGGAAUAUAAGUGGGAGAACACAGGGGAUGCUGAGCUCUAUGGGCCCUUUACCAGUGCCCAGAUGCAGACCUGGGUGAAUGAAGGCUACUUCCCGGAUGGUGUUUAUUGCCGGAAGCUGGACCCCCCUGGUGGUCAGUUCUAUAACUCCAAACGCAUUGACUUUGAUCUCUAUACCUGA